CCUUACUUUCGAUUCGUAACGGAAGCAAGGUGUACGCAUGCGUGGUAUUUGUUGACAAGUUUAAACCGAGUGAGUGUUAGAAAAAUGCAACAGAUCUGUCAAAUGUGAGACAAACAAAUCACAAGGGCACAACAAUGAAUUUGAGUUUUCCUGGAAGCCCUAGUCCCUUGGGACGGCCUCCAUUAUCACCAGGGGCACAAAUGCCAAAGCUUGUGCAAGAGACUGAACUUCAAAAGUUACUGGCAGAUGAGAAAAUGAGAAGUCAAAUGCAUAAAACAAAUUAUGAACAACUGAAGGAAGAAAAUAAGAGGUUACAAGAUGAAUACCACAGUUUAGAAGAAGAAAUAAGAAGGACAAUAGAAGAGAGUAAGAUUGUUCAAGAAAAAUACAAGUCUAUGUAUGAAGAUAGUAGACGUGAAGUGGCUGAUAAACAGUCAAUGCUGGAGGACCUUCGAAAUAAGACGGUAACACCACAAAAGUUGGACAUGAUAAAGAUGCAGGUGAGUGAUGAACUGGAGAGAUCAUACAGGGAAAAAUAUCAGCAUCAAGAGAGCGAGAUUGAGGAACUUCGCACCAUGUGUAACAAGUACAAGCAUGAGUUGUUCUUCCUGAAAUCAGAGUACGAGCACGAACAAGCCGAGAGUCGACAGAUUCUGGCUGAAAUGAAACUACAACAUGAUGCUGAGGUGACAAACUUGAGGAAAGAACGAGAAUCAACUAUUAUCAAGAUACAGUCAGAGGGAUGUCAAGAUUCUCAGAGGGUACGGGUACUUCAGCGGGAAAAUGCUCAGCUUCAUCUAAAAAUAAAAGGCCUUAUGACGGAGAUGGAUGAAGUUCGUGCCAACCGGGAAAAGAUCGGUUCUGAGUCCGAGAGUCUUGUGCGUAUUCAGGGAAAACAGAUUACAGAGCAUCAGGCUACCAUAAAAUCGUUAGAGGCUGAAAGAGAGUCAUUACGAAGACAGGUGGAAACAGUGUCACGAGAUUAUUCAGGAACAGCAGAUAUUCACAAUAAACUGACAAUGCGUAUACAUGAGCUGGAGAAAGAGAAUAUGAUAUACAAGAACAGGGCGGAGGAGGUCACACACAAGAGUAAAGUUGACCUUACUAAUCUCAAGAUGGACAUGUUAAAACAGAGAGGUGACCUGGAGAGGGAGAGAGAUAAACUGUCCAAUCUUGUUGAAGAUUUACAAGUGAAGUUAGACAUAACAAAGCAUGCAGUACAUCAGCAGGAUCAAGCGUUGGUGGACAAGGAGAGAGACUGUGUUCGUAGAGUACAGGCUGCCAGGGAAGAGGAGUUCGAAAAAUUCGCCAAAGUUGAAAACGAGAAAUUGGAACUAGAAACAAAACUUCAAGAAAACGAAAGAAGAAAAAUAGAUGAAGAUGCACACAGACAGGCAGAACGAGAGAAGAUGGAAGAACGAGUAGCAGUUGCUAUGGAUGCCAAAGAUUCGGCAGAAAAAGAACUUCUAGUCAUACAAACUAAACUUUCACAUCAACAGUCAGUGUUAGAUCAACUAGAGAGAGAAAGAACUGAAAACUCUGAACUGAAAAGUAAAAUUGUGAAACUUGAAACUGAACUUAGUAGUUACCUAGGGAACGAACAUGACAUGACUGAUGAAAAUAUACGAAUGAGAAAUCAAGUAGAACUUUUACGCGAAGAACUCAGGUUAACGAAGGAACAAUAUAACAAAGCACAUGAAAAUCAUGAGCGAAUAUUGGCUCAGUCAAAAUCUGCGCUAGUUGAUGAGAAGACGAGGUUAGAAUUACGGGUUCAAGAAUUAGAGGAUAAGUUAGCUGAUUCUACGAAGAAAUAUGCAAAGGCUGUCUCUGUUUAUAGAAAGUACAAAAGCCGAAGCACUAAAGUUAUAGAGAACUUGAAGUACAAGGCACAGAUCCUAGAAGCUAAAAGAGAAGAGUUGGAGCUAGAGAAGAAAGCAUUACAGUCAUGCGUACCUCAGGACACAUACAAUAAUCUAAAGAAACAGUUGAAGGACCUCCAACGUAGACAUACAGAGUUCCGUAAAGUCAUUGUAACACAGGGUGUCCAACAAAUACCUAUCGGGGAUAUGUCAUUUGCUUCAGUUAACCUAGAUGGCUCAGUACUGCCUAACUAUAGCUUCAACGAACAGGAAAGAAAACAUCAAGAAGAUCUGAAAUUGUUGCGCCAACGUUUAGACCUACUUGACGAUAAUCAACAACAACAACUUGACGAGUUUCAGGAAAUCGCCCACAGCACACUUCGUAGUACCUACCAUGAGGACAUCGAAGACACCAGUAAAGAAAAGAUAGAUAUUGAAAAAGCUACAUCACUUACACCAACCUAGCAUUAACUGUGUACUUAAAUAGGCAGGGAAAAAUAUUUGAUUGUUAAAAUGUGCAUCUGUAUUUAUUGUGAAACUGAAAUUCUUAAAUACUAUGAGUAUAUAAUUUGGAUUUUCUGUUAAACAGUUCCCAUGAUAUUCAUUGCCAGAUAUUGUAUCUGAUUGGCUCAUUUUUAAAAUUUAAUUAGUUGUAAGCCAAUCAAAAAAGUCUUGAAUGGCAGAAAAUUGUCUGAUUGGUCGUUUAUAAAAUGCUGUUUGUAAUUGGCCAAUCAAAAAUAAGUUGAAUGUCAGAAUUUUUCUGAUUGGCCAUUUUGAAAAAAAAGUGUUUGUUAUUAGCCAGUCAAAAAUAAGUUUUGCAUUUAGACUUGUCUAAAAUCUUGAAAAUCUUGUCUCAAUGGUUAUUUUUGAAAUGACAAUAUUAACAGCCAAUCAAAACUCAAAUGUAUCAGACAAUUGUUUUAGUUGAGGCUGUUUUUUUUUCUGAGAUUCAUCUAUAUUGCUGAUGCUGAACUUGAGUUAAAUAUGACCAUGCAUUUGUUUGAUAUUUAAAUUGUUUUCUUUUGAUGAUCUGUAUAGUAAUUGUCAGUUAAAAAAGGUCAUGAUGGUUAUUUGGUUAUUUCCUUAUUACAAUGUUGGGUCAUGGAUACAUAUACUGCCAUAUAUGCUAGUGGCAUAGAACAGCUAAAAAUUUUGAUUUAAUUAGAGGUUUCAAAGCCUUUUCUUUAAUAAUCUGCUGAAAGAUUUUAUUGCAAUAUUUCUUUCAAAGAAGUGACAAUUUUCAGGUUGUUAAACUUUUUAUUUAGUUUUCAUGCAUGUAAAUGUAUAUAUGCACUGUUAAUAGUUUAAUAUUUCACAUGUACUGUUUCUGUGAUAUAAUUUUAGUUGUGUUUGACCAUGAUUUCAUAGCUCUGUUUGAACAUGAUUUCAUAGUUCAGUUAGACCAUGAUUUCAUAGGUUUUUUUUUUACCAUGAUGUCAUAGUUCUGUUUGAACAUGAUGUCCUAGUUCUGUUUGAACAUGAUUUUCUAAUUUUAUUGCAUUUGAAACACUAGAAUUUUAGUUGAUGUUGUAAACAGUUGUUGAUUUCUUUUAAAGAUUUUGAUAUUUAUAUAUUGUGCUACUGAGAUUAUUUAUUUAUGGUUAUGAGUUUUGGGGUGACAAACAUUUGUGAUCGUUUUGAUUUGGUAUAUAUUCAUUUUGCAUAUCAGACUUGGUUUUAAAAUAUGUUUGUUUAACUUAGAUGAUUCACAUUCAAGUCUUGUUUUCCUGAUUAUCAAGUUUUGAAGCCAUAUGUGGAAACAUAAUGUGGUCUUUGUAGGAUUUGUACCCACAUUUGAGCCGAGUCAUGACAAAACCAACAUAAUGGGUUUGCGACCAGCAUGGAUCCAGACCAGCCUGCGCAUCCGCGCAGUCUGAUCUGGAUCCAUGCUGUUCGCUAUCAGUUUCUCUACUUGUUAUAGAGUUUGUAAGCGAACAGAAUGGAUCCUGAUCAGACUGCAUGGAUGCGCAGGCUGGUCUGGAUCCAUGCUGGUCACAAACCCAUUAUGUUGGUUUUGUCAUGGUGCGGCUCAUUUCUGAGGUUAAAAAGGCUUCAAACAUGUACAAUCCAUUAUGCAACAUUCUCCCUAUCUAUGCUGAUACUGAAACUGAGAAUUCAUAACUGAAUUUUUGGUGCAGAAAAUAAAAUGGGGGAUUUUUAGUCAAAUUUGCUUUAACUUUAUUAUAUUUGCAUAAUUAUGAGUGACAAAUGUGUAAUUCAAGUUUUCAUCAAGUUUUGAAAUAAAUUUGUCCAAAUAAGAAUUUUCAAAAUACUUAAUUUAUAAAUACUAAUAUGAAAUUAUUAAAUAUUUUUUAUAAAAUAAAACUGAAAGUUUAAUGUUAAUUUUUUUGUUGUGAACUUAAAUGGUAUGUUCUAACUUGCUUUGAGAAUAUGUUAAAAUUUAGAUAUGCUGUAUUUUGUUUUUCUUUGUUUUGUGUAUUUUUUUUCUACAUACGCAAACGAAAAUAUAGAAAUGUAAAAUGUAUUUCAAAGAUAUGUAAGUUCAUAGUUACUGUCUAUGGUUGUGAUUUUAACAUUCUUUUUUAUUGUUUAUUUAAUUCUAAUGAUGAUGAGGUUUAUUUAAUGGUUUGGUUUAUUAAUUUACAUUGUAUUAAUGGAAAAAUGUUACUGAACUUUUUUUACUGUCAUUUUCAAUGUGUUUAAUUGUGACCAAUAAUAACCAUAAGUGACUUAACUGGUAAUAAUGCUUGGUUUAUUCCGCCAGUUCUGUGUACAAAUCUGUACAGACAGUAUGACAAAACACAAUGCUGUUGCCACACAGUUUUAGUGUUUUGAUAUUGGAAAAAUACAUUGUAUCAAAAUGAUAGCAGGACACAAAAAUUAUCUGAGCCGUGUCACGACAAAACCAACAUAGUGGGUUUGCGACCAGCAUAUAUCCAGAACAGCCUGCGCAUCCGCGCAGUCUGAUCAGGAUCCAUGCUGUUUGCUAUCAGUUUCUCUACUAUAUAUAGGGUUUGUAAGCGAACAGCAUGGAUCCUGAUCAGACUGCGGGGAUGCGCAGGCUGGUCUGGAUCCAUGCUUGUCGCAAACGCAUUAUGUUGGUAUUGUCGUGACGCGGCUCAUAUUAGGUUAGUUGGGUAAGCAGAUAAGAAUGUCUACUCAUCAGAAAUUUAAGACAUAAUACUACUGUGACAAAUGUUGUUGUAGCUCUUGUAAAACUUACCGUCUUUAACAAAUCUUUUUGGUUUUGGUUAUAGUAUUUAAGGUGCUAUCGUAAGUUAUAACACAUCAAAUAUGUUCUUACCAUGCUAGCAGCUACGAGUUUUGAAUUUGCUGUAUUGAAUCCUCUUAAUAUAACAUGUACAAUAAAUCUGAAGACUAGAGUAUUGUGCCAACUCAAUACUUGUAUAUUCUUGCUGUAAUUGUAUAUUGAGGCAAAAGAUUACUUCUACAUAUAAAUUGCAAGGUUUGUGCCUUAUAGAAUAUGAUACAGAUGUAAUGUAAAACAUGGUACAUGUAUUUUAUUUAUAUAUCUACAUAAACAGGGAACUCUUGUUCUUUUAAACCCUUUGCUUCCAAAACUUUUGUCAACUUAAUACUUUAAUCAUAUACCAUUUUCUCAAAAAUUGGAGAAAAAAAUUGGUUAAUGCCAAACAGUUUGUUACAUGACAGGAAGCUAAGUUACUUGGCCUGGUCUGGUACCAAGCUAAAGCCAUUGUGAUCGCUCUCAGAAGGGAAAAGGUUAAUAUACUUGAAGCAAUAACAUACAGAUUUGCCAACACCUUUAAAGGGACUCCACUCAGGUUUCUUGCCAUAAUGUAACUGGAAAUAUAGAUUUGUGAAUCAUUUGAUGUAAGAACAGACCAACACUUUAAAUUCAAAUCGGACAAAGAAUGUCACAUAAAAUCAAUUUUAAAUUUAAAUUUGAGUAUAUUUUUGUGUUAUCUUUUGCAUAUUUGUUCAUUUUAAAUGUCCUAUUAAAUCUAUGUAAGAAUUUCAAAUUUAAUGUUUUUGGACCUCAGUGGAGCUCAUUAGUUACUUUUUUUUGUAUUAAAUAAUAAUAUGAUGUACACAAAUGUACCUCUAGGUUGUCUUUGACUAGUCUAUGCCAUUAGUAUAAAGUUAUGCCAGAAAUGGUAAAAUCUGACCAGAGUAUAUGGACUUACUGUUGGAUGUUCAAUAUUAUCUAUUUGAUAUUUGUUCUACUUUAUAUAAUAACUAGCAGUUUGAAAGUCAAAGCUGGGCAUACCCUUACUUGGCUAAGUCAAAUACCACUUUUGCAUCUUUUGUAGUGAAUACUUGCAUUUUUUCAAUCCGGAUAUAUUUAUACAAUGUACGCUGAAAAAACUUAGGUUUUCUUGCAUUGUACUUCAAUUGAAAAAUGGCUUGAAAAGACAGACCACUUCCAGAUGUUCUUUCAGCAGGAUGAUUGUUUAAACUGUCUAUACAAGUUUAAUAUGUUUGUUUUUAAUUGUUGCCGAUAGUAAUAAAACUAUUUUUCUUUUCUCAUAUACGUAAUAAAGGGAAGUAAUAACAAUAAUAAAUUAAAAAGUUCAGUAAUUUGGUUCAGGAAUUAAGUUUAAUAUGUAUUAUUAUUAUAGUUUAGCAUUUAUAAACAAGAAUUUGAUCUUGGUAAUGUUAAAUGUUUAAUUUGCUUGAUUUAUAAAUGAUUUUAUACCGUAUAAUUUACGAUGGUGACAAGAUUGUGACAUUAGAAUAUUCUUGUAUAACUUUAUAUAAUGUACUCUGUAGAGUAUUUCUUUGUUAAAUCAUUAAAUAUAGCAAUACUUA